ACUGAUACACUCAAUAUUUGCGAGUGAUAUUUACGAUGCGAGUAAAAUUUAAGGAAAUAUGUAAGGAUUAGUUAUUGUUUCUGUCUAAAACUUGUACACAAACUGGUCAAAAUGUCACCCGGGGAGUGUGCAAUCACCUGGCGCCCUUCGACGCGCCUCAAUUGUUAAUAACCUCAUUUGCCCGAAAAUGCAUUUUAAUCGCAAAGAACUGAUAAAACUUUCGUAAAAAACUAAAAAAAAAAAUACAUAAAUAUAUAAUCGAAACGUACGAUGUGAAAAUGUGUAAUGUGAAUUUUAGAAGUUAAGCGCGGAUUGUAUGUAUUAUUUUAAUUUUUUGUUUGAAUAUUUCCUACGUAUUAAUUAAAAAAAAAAACUGAAAAAUCGAACAAAAAAAUCGAAAAAAACCAAGAAUAACAAAAAAAAAAAAAGAAUAUACACGAUUAUACUUAGUGCACUUUAUAAACGAAAACAAAAACAAAGUGUAAGCGAAACGGGCAAAGAAGAGAUAAAAGAGGAACGGACGAAAGCGGGAGCGAGAGAGAAAAAUGUCAACGUUCUUGAACAAUUUCUUCCCGGCAGAUACGGCUGCUAUGGAUCCAAUUUUCUUCUCGCAAACGAAUGGUAUACCGUCAGAGAGUAAACUCGCAACAUAUAUGAAUCGACAGAAUGUCGCCACACCGAGCGGUUAUGGGCUGAAUAACGGGUUCUCACUACUUAAUUUGGAUUCGCCCUUAAAUAAAAAGUCCCAGGUCACGCCGCAGUCGCCCGAGUUCAUUCCAACGCGCAUUAAUUCGUCGCCCAACUUUUACGCACCAUAUCACAACGCGCCCAUGCAAUUGAGUAAUGGGCUCAGUGGCGUCAAUGGGUUAACAGCCGCUGCAGCAGCAGCAGCAGCCGCAGCAGCAGCAGCAGCCGCCGCAGCGUCCGCCUCAGUGCCCUCAUCCACGUCGUCAGUGUCUGCCGCCUCCUCCGUGACCAUUAGCAAAACGGCCAACGGCGGUGCCUCCAUGCUUUCCCUGCAAAAGACCGCCUCUAUUGCCACUGUCAACAUCGCACAACAACAACAGCAGCAGCAGCAACAGCAGUCGCAGCAUCCCCAGAAACAGCAACAGCAGCAGCCGCCACUACAGGUGGGCGGUGGAGCAGUGUCGGCUGUCUCUGCCCCCAUAGCAAUAAGUGGCGCUCCACCGAAUCCCGCCGCUGCUCCCUUUGUUAGCAGCAUGUCCGCCCAGACACCGCUGAAGGGUCGUGGUGCAAUGCUACGCCAGGAAUCACCCACGGCGGCCAUGCUGGCGGGCGGUGGUCCGGGCGAAAAGUCGCCACCGCAUGGUAUGACGCCGCACGGAGCCUCACCCAUACCCACAACGCUGCCCACGAGCGUCCAUCAGGAGAAUGUUGGCGGCACCAUCUACUUCUAUCCAACUGCCAACGCACAGAAUAGCCAGCCCGUUGUCAAUUCCGUGGUGGUGGACACAACGCAUCCCGCCCACCAUGGCGUCAGUGCUGUGGCGCCAAUGAGCGCCGUUGGCGGUGUUCCAUCAACGCUCAUGUACACGGGCCAUGUAUAUCCGGGACCGGCAUCCAAUGUGAUCACGCUGCAACCGAAGACGCAAUUGGAAUCGGCCUUCUUUAUACCGGAUGAGAUGCGUACCGAAAUCCUUGCCCGCAACGAGAUCUCCAAUUUGAUUAUGGAUGCAGCGGAGGCGGCACAGCAUGCCCUGCCCAUGGAGGUGGACAACUAUCAUGCUUUGUAUCCUCUAGAACCGCCGGCGCAGCCGAUGCAUGCCAAGCUAACGCUACCCGCCAGCACGUACCGGGCCACGCACAAUACGACGGGCUACAAGUACUGCCUGCGAAGGUUACACGGGUUCCGUCUGCAGUCGACCAAGUGCAUGACGCUGGUGGAGAUGUGGAAGAAGCUGCAGCACACGAAUGUGGUACAAUUGCGUGAGGUUUUCACGACGAAAGCAUUUGGUGAUAACUCUUUAGUAUUAGUGUACGACUAUUAUCCCGGCUCACAAACAUUGCUGGCCAAAUACUUUACACCGGCGCCAGAGACCAAUGGUUACACAGAUCCAUUCCAAGGCGAAGCACGCCCCUUCAGUCAUAAGAGCAACAUGCAGCGAACUAGCAAUGGACCUUUGCUGCCGGAGGCCACCAUCUGGUCGAUAAUUAUGCAGCUAACCGCUGGCCUAAGGGCUAUACAUCAGGCGGGUUUAGCUUGCAAGGUUCUGGAUCCCACAAAGAUCAUAGUGACGGGCAAGCGUGUUAGGUUUAGCUCCUGCUGCAUCUCAGACAUUACGCAAUUCGAUCCAAAUGCGGCCAAUCCUUUGGCUUUGGUCAACAUGCAUCAGCAGGACGAUCUAACUGCUUUGGGUCGCUUAGUAUUAGCUCUGGCCUGCCGCUGCCUCCAAUCCGUGCAACGCGACAAUGUCCAGUCGAGCAUCGACAUGGUCACGCGAAACUACUCCACCGAUCUGCGUAACUUUAUAGUUUACCUCUUCACCACGAAUAACCGUCGUUCGGUUACCGAUCUAAUGCCAAUGAUUGGUGCCCGCUUUUAUACGCAACUGGAUGCGCUCCAGAGUCAGAUCGAUAUGCAGGAGGACGAGCUGGCCAAGGAGAUGGAGAAUGGGCGGUUGUAUCGCAUUUUGGUCAAACUAAACAGCAUCAAUGAGCGACCCGACUUCAAUUUGGACUGCACUUGGUCCGAGACUGGUGAUAGAUACAUGUUGAAAUUAUUCCGUGAUUAUUUAUUCCAUUCCGUCACUGAGGAUGGCCGGCCCUGGCUAGAUCACGCACAUAUUGUCCAAUGCCUCAACAAGCUGGACGCUGGCUCCAUAGAGCGCGUGCAACUGAUGUCACGCGACGAGCAAUCGGUACUCAUUGUCUCCUAUGCUGAACUCAAGAAUUGUCUGGAGAACGCCUUCUCCGAACUGAUGUCAAGUGCGGCCAACUGAGAGAGCAUCUCGGCGGGAAGCAGGAAACUAGAAACACGCGCAGCUCACUUAGCCACCACCUCCUCCUACGACCACUGAGAGAGCGACUACGAUUAAAAAGAGGAAACGGAUUAGCGUUUAAGCGAAACAUUCAUUACGACUAAGAAGACAUUUGAGAACCAUUAAACAAGAGUAAAAGUACGAAAACUGUAUAUUGUUAAGCCCAAAAAACCGAAAAAGAAAAGUAAAACAAAAGCAAAAGCUAAAAAAAAUAAAAAAAAAAAAAGCAGAUGAAAAACUGAUAUCCAAUGUUAAUGUUAGAUCUUAACUACAUUUUAGGCAUUUAAAAGCAAAACAAAAAAAGAAGCAACAACCACAAAAAAAUAAACCAGCAACAACAAGAAAAAGCAA